AUGCGAGAUGAUCUAAACUCGCUUCUCUCGCUCUCUCUCUCUCUCUCUUUAUUUUUCUCUCUGUCUCUGUCUCUGUCUCUCUCUCUGUCUCUCUCUCUGUCUCUGUCUCUGUCUCUGUCUCUCUCUCUCUCUCUCUCUCUCUCUCUCUCUCUCUCUCUCUCUCUCUCUCUCUCUCUCUCUCUCUCUCUCUCUCUCUCUCUCUCUCUCUCUCUCUCUCUCUCUCUCUCUCUCUCUCUCUCUCUCUCUCUCUCUCUCUCUCUCUUUCUCUCUCAACAGCUGUCAAAAACGCAAUAUCUGGUAAACGCAACGCUGCCUACUGGCGUUCCUCUGGCUGGUUACAAUCAUGGCGCCCGCCGCGUGCCUGAUUGGCCUGUUCCGCAAAACACCAAGUACACGGCCUUUAUGACACCCUCCGAAGGUCACCUUGAUCCCACCUGGAUGCGCGCUCUGGUCAUCGACACUGGCAAGACUCGGUUAGCUCUUUGUGCUCACCUCCAUUUUGUGUGUGUGUGUGUGUGUGUGUGUGUGUGUGUGUGUGUGUGUGUGUGUGUGUGUGUGUGUGUGUGUGUGUGUGUGUGUGUGUGUGUCUCGUACUUUGUCACUGUGGAUGCCAUUGGUGCUGAUGGCAACCUCCGCAAGCUGUGUCUGGACAAGGCUCAAGCCCAGGGUGCCAAAGUCACCACCGAAAACAUGAUGCUUCACGCCUCGCACACUCAUUCCGGUCCUGGUGCCGUUUCACCCGAAUACGUCUGGUCCUUGGCGCCUGCCACCGAUGUCAUGGUCCCCGAGCUGCAAGCCAUGGUUGCCGAGUCCUGCGCUCAGGCCAUCAUCGAGGCGGAGAAGAAUCUCCAGGACGCAACCAUUGGCGUUGGCCACGCUGAGCUCUACAACGUGACUGUCAACCGUCGCGCCAAGAUCUCGCCCUACGUUGAGCCGGAUAGCAUUGAUCCCCACCUGGGCAUCAUUCGCAUUGACGACGCUCAAGGCAACGCCAUGGCCACUGUCUGGAAUUUUGCCAUUCACGGCACAUGCUGGGGCCCCGACCAGAUGUUGUCCAAUGCCGACAUCAUGGGUGGCGUCAACACCUUGCUGGAACAGGAUGCAGACAUUGGCUAUGCUUUGUUCAUCAACGCCGAUGCCGGUGACAUUGACCCUUCCCCGGAAUCAUGCAACAACAAGCCCAACUACGAUGGUGCCAAGAUCAUUGCCGAUGCCGUCAAGAAGGCACGCAGUGAAAUUCAAAGCGGUGAUAUUGAGCUUGAGAUGGCUUCCUCUGUCAAGUCUUUCGGCCUGACCAACCUGAACUUUACCCUUGCACGCUUUGAGAACUGCACCUCUGGUGGUCCGUUGGACAUUUGCACGCUGUGCGAGAUUCUCAAGUGUGAUAUCAACGCUCACUUGAACGGCGGCUGGCUCGAGAACGAGCCCCGCUUCACGGCCCUUCGCUUUACGAACUCGUCCGGAUACACCACCCUGAUGGUGACGCUGCCUGGCGAAGCACUCUCGGCCCUUGGCACCCAGGUGCGCGGCGAUGGCCUCAAGCUGGGCUUUGACGACGUCUUUCUUCUCGGCUACAGCCAGAACCACAUGGGCUACUUUUGCACGCCCGAGGAGUACGACAUUGGUGGUUACGAGUCUCAGCUUACUUUCUGGGGCUACAACACCAGCAGUCUGGUGCGCGAGGGCGCCUAUGCCGCUGCCUCGGCCCUGGCCCCAUCCACUCUGUUUCUUUAG